AUGGCGCCGGUCGUCGAUGAGCGGAAGACCCUGCGCAAGAUGGACUUGCACAUUAUCCCCAUACUGUCCGUCUUAUACCUCCUGUGCUUCCUCGAUCGCAGCAACAUCGGAAACGCGAAGAUCGAGGGCUUGAUGGAGGACCUCAGCCUCAGUAGCCACCAGUACAACAUGUGUCGUACGUACCCAGGCAAAACCUCUGAACCAAGUUCGACUCUGGAGACCUUCAUCACUGACAGGAAGUGGCCAGUUACCGUUUUCUUUCUGACUUACGCGACCUUUGAGCUUCCCUCCAACCUUGUACUCCGCCGGCUCCGGCCAUCGAUCUGGCUUCCGACCAUCAUGGUGUCUGUUGGUAUUGUCAUGGUCCGUAUUCUCCUUCCUGACGUGCGCCAAAGGGAGGCGUUCCAGCUAAUAAUGGUGUUGAUUUUGUUUCCAGACCCUUAUGGGAAUUGUUCGGAACUAUCAUGGACUUCUCAUCGCUCGUAUCUUUCUUGGUGUUGCCGAAGCAGGCCUUUAUCCUGGAGUCGCGUUCUACAUCACAAUGUGGUAUUGUCGCCACGAGGCACAGCUGCGGCAAGCAAUGUUCUUCAGUGCUGCCAGCGUUGCAGGCGCAUUUUCAGGACUACUCGCCUUUGCUAUUGCGGUAAGGUCCUUUAUUAAAAUGCAUGUUUGUGGUCAUCUGGCUGAUGAUUUGACAGAAAAUGGAUGGUGUCGGCGGGCUGGAGGGCUGGCGCUGGAUUUUCAUCCUGGAGGGCAUUCUAACAACCCUGGUGUCGGUGGCAUCCUACUGGAUUAUUUCAGACUACCCAGAUACGGCAAAGUUCUUGACCGAGCAAGAGCGUGCGUGGGUGCUUGAUCGUCUACGUUCACAGUAUUCAAGCAGCGCUGGAGUAUUGGAGCAGUUCCAAUGGAGGGCGGUAUGGGAUGCGUUCUCUGAUUUUCAGAUAUAUAUGGCGCUCUUGGGUAAGUUGGAGCUAUGAGACAACAUUUCACUUUCGACGAGCAGAGGUUUCCCCUCCCUCCCCGGAGCAAUGCUGAUACUUUAUAGCUUGGUACGGCAUUGCCUGUCCUCUUUAUGGUGUGGCAUUCUUUCUCCCUACUAUCAUCCGAGAUUUGGGGUACACUUCAUCCCAAGCACAACUGUUGACGGUAAGAAGUGUUUGCAGAAUCUUCUGGGCAGAAGCGGUGCUGAUGUUUUGAUGCAAGAUUCCAAUAUACGUCACCGCCGCUGUCAUUGCCGUGGCGUCAGCAUACUUCUCCGACAAGAUGAAGAAGAGAUCUCCAUUCUUGAUGUUCCACCUGUCCUGUAUCAUCCUUGGUUUCAUUACUGUUAUUUCUGCCACCGGCAGAGGCGUCCCGGGGGUCGUCUACUUUGGCAUUUUUGUUGCCGUCUCAGGUAAGGUUGUUCUUGGGAGCCACGUCGGGAAGGAUUCCAGCGUACUGACGCGACCAUGUUUGAAGGCAUCUACCCCGCGAUUCCGAGCAACGUGACAUGGCUCAGCAACAACCUUGCAGGCGAUUAUAAACGGGCCGCAGGAAUGGCGCUCCAUAUUGGCGUCGGCAACUUUGCCGGUGGUAAGCAGAUGUGCCACUCAAUCCACUGUCGCUUCAAUCGGAGAGCAGCAAGCUGACACGCAUCCUUCUUGUAUGUAGCCAUGUCCUCCAACUUUUAUCGUGCGCAGGAUGGUCCCACGUUUUAUUUGGGACAUGGACUGAACCUGGGCCUCGCAGUGCAAGGCUUCAUUGCCGCUUUGGUGCUGAAACGUAUCUAUAUUCACAUCAACAAGAAGCGCGAUGCCGUUGAAGUCUCAUCGAUGAGCGGAGACGAGCUUGCCAAACUAGGCGACAAGUCUCCAACUUUUCGGUACAUACUCUGA